CUAGCUUGACGCAGCGGAGGACCAAACGGAGGCAGAGCGGAUCAAUUUGGAGCUACGGCGGUUGAUCGGGAUUAUGCGGCGACACUGAUUGCUGCAUCGGCUGAACACACCGUUUCCUCAUCGAGUCCAUCAGCUGUGACGUCACCUCAGUCUCCAGGUGUUAGUCUGUCCCCGGCCUAUAUGCAGCCUGCCCAGGGCCCGGCCUAAUUCCUGGUGCUCCUUCUCUCCCACCACCUCCUCCCUCCUUUCCCUACCCUCCUCCCCCCUGCCCCCUCCCUCCAUCCUAAUCCUCCCCCAAACCUCAGCCUGGUGUCUCCCAUAGACUCCCAGCAUUUACCCCGGACUGGCAGCCUGACUGGCUGCCCCCCUACAGGUGGAUGAAUGAAGACCCCAUUCAAGAGUCCAGCAGCCCCACGGCCCCGAGCAGACGGGGGACAUUCGGGUGUUUCUGCAAACAUGAUGAAGAAAAAGAACACACACAAGAAACAGAAAACUAGUGUUGGUCCCAGUAAGACUCUGGCUCAGCCCAGAAGGAACAUAGUGGGCUGCAGGAUCCAGCACAUCUGGAAGGAAGGCAGUAAGUCAUCCCAGUGGAAGGGGACGGUCCUGGACCAGGUUCCUGUUAACCCCUCCCUCUACCUGAUCAAAUAUGAUGGCUUCGACUGCAUCUACGGCUUGGAGCUGUACAGCGAUGAGCGGGUGGUGGGGCUCGAAGUCAUGCCUGACAGAGUGGCUCCGGCCCGUGUGAGCGACUCAAUGCUAGCAGAGACAAUGAUCGGGAAAGCGGUGGAGCACAUGUUUGAGACGGAGGACGGGCCGAAGGAGGAGUGGAGGGGGAUGGUGCUGGCUCGAGCUCCUAUCAUGACGUCCUGGUUCUACAUCACCUACGAGAAGGACCCGGUGCUCUACAUGUACCAGCUGCUCGACGACUACAAGGAGGGAGACCUGCGCAUCAUGCCCGACUCCAACGACAGCGCUACAGCAGAGCGGGAGCCUGGUGAGGUGGUCGACAGUCUGGUGGGUAAACAGGUGGAGUACGCCAAAGAGGACGGCGGGAAGCGGUCGGGAAUGGUCAUCCACCAGGUGGAGGCCAAGCCUUCAGUCUACUUCAUCAAGUUUGACGACGACUUCCACAUUUACGUCUACGACCUGGUGAAGACCUCCUAAGACCUGAAAAAAACAGGUCGGAAAAAGACUCGCUGAGAGCUGCCCAGACCCAGUGACAACAACCCCCCUCUACACCCGGAGAAGAACUACAGCUGAGGUUUGAAUCACCCUGAUAGGCUCUGAGAUCUAUGUGGACGCCUGACUCAGAGGUUACAUCCCUCUACUCUUCAGUUCAUGAAACGCCUUAAAAUCAACAAGAAUCUAGAUUAAAGAAACCCAGAUUUGACACCACGACCAGCUUCAAAGAAGACUUCCUGAGGUGUUUCAGUCAUCAUCCAUCUUUCAUCGUUUCUGUCUGGAUUUUCUCACCUGACACCUGCUGACACGCUCAAACAACAAGAAGACCAGCGAUUUGGGGUCAUUUGGAGUAACUGAAAGCCUGGAUUCGGUUUUGGAAGAUUUGUGGUAAAAGUUAACCUAAAACUUGUCAAAAAAAUUGGGUUUAGUUUGAAACCUGGAGUCCUGACAUCAAGAGAUCUGCGACUGCACAAUUUGGACUAAACAUAACGGUCUCCUGUCCCAAAAGUGAUCUGUUUCAGAGCCAAGUCUGCUCUGAAAUCAUCUGAAAGACCUCCUCUCCCCUUUCCUGAGACCCUGUCAGACCGUUUGAGACCUCCGUUUCCAGACGAGGGAGGUGAAUGGGUCUGUGUCUGCCGGGUUAAUGAAGGGAUGGGACUCCAGGACUACAGGGCUCCUGCAAGGCAUUUACAGAAGGUUCAAAUGGACACAAAGAAGGAACUCUUGUCCAAUCAGAGAGCAUCUUCUUGACCUCGCCUUCCUUAAAGCCUGAAGGAUAAAGCAGACAAACCAGAGGAUGCAGACUCUUUCUUUUUCAUUCUUUAAUCAUUUGUAUCUUUUUUAUGUUGCUCUUGAUUCCUACAUUACCCAUAAUGACUUGGGGAUGAGCUGUUUGGCUGCAUCGGUUGUCCCAGAGGAGUUUGGUAGCAUUGUAAGCUUUCCCCUUAAAACACACAAAGCACUCAUGGUUGCCGCCUAGAUUCAGUUUGAGCUGUGAAGCUGAAGAUACAAAAGGCCAGGGCUGUCAUGAUAUCAGAACGUUCACUUCAGUUUCACCCUUAGGAGGCAUGUUUUAUGAAUAUUGGUUCUAAAUACCAGCAGAAAUUGUCAUACCUGCCGAUACCAGUAUUUUACUCUUUAAGCUAAUAUCUGCCGAUAUCAUACCCAUAAUAUCAUGCAUCCCAGCUCGUCAUCAUUGGUGAGCAGAGUGAAUAAAAUAUUUGGAUGCAUGGUCUUUUUGGGCUUCCAUACAUAUUUGCAUUAGAGUUCUCUAUAGCCUUGGUUCUCAGCUGGUUGAUCAGGACCUAAAAAUGGGUUGGAAAGCCACUGAUGUGCUUUUAUUUUGAAGGAUGUGUCUCCAUCUCUUUGUUCUGCCCAUCUUUUUCCAUUUAAAGUCAAAACAGCCCCAUUUUUCCAUUAAAAACCUUUAGUUAUGGUUGAAAAAUGUAAGAAAGUUGGGUUCUUAUUUGUUAUUGAUGGGUGAUGGGUCCUGACAGGGUCAACCGAUUAUCAUUCUGACUGAUUAUUGAGACCACUAUUUGGCAAUUGGCUGAUUAUUCGUAUCAGCGAUUUAUUUUACCAAUAAUCGAUAAACUGAAUUAAUUAAAACGUGCUCUACUUUGGUUCCACUGCAAAGCAUGUCCCCCCUCUUGCUUUAUUUUCACUUUGACUGUCUCACCAAAUGUCCUUUAUGUAACACAGUCUGAUUGGCUGACUGUCAUAUGUGUACCAGUCAAUCAGCACUAAAGCCUGGGUAGUACUGACACAGUUAGUAUAUGGAUUCACUUCCUGUUUCCUGCUGUUACAGUGCUGCUCUGUGCCUUUUCUUGUGCUGUUAGAGGAGGAGCUAAAUUGUUGAUUUUCCUUCAUUUUUUUGACCAUGACAUUUGACUUUUUCAACACGAAGUGUGUUUUGUAUGUCAUAAUCAAUGCAUAUUAAGUCCAAAUAUGGGUUAUCGACCCCGUGAACUUCUAAUAAUCUGUAUCAAAAAAAACAACAUUGGUCCUUUCACUAAACCAGUUGAGAACCACCACUGUUUACCAUUUUUACUCUCUAUUAAGUUCCAUAAAUUGGUUAGAAAUGUUGAUCCAUCUCAGAGUAAAGACUCAAGCAACAUUUUCUCACUUUGUCUUGGGAAGUUUCCCUAAUUAUCUGAAAUUUACUUAACUGGCUUCUCUGACUCCGUAUCAAUCCCUCAAACAACCAUGUAAUCAGUUUAAAAGUUGAAUUAAACAGGAAACGAUCCAGCACACUGGCACGACUGUAAACAUGCUCCUGCUCCUGAUUGAGGCAACCUUGAGCACUGUGUGGUUAGUCCGACCUUGAUUCUGCUCCAGCACAGAUGUGCUUUGUUACAGAGUGAACCUCCUGAUGCUGAGGUGAAAUCAUUGGAUUUAAAUGUUUUUAUGUGUUUUUUAGUCCUUCCCCCUCUGCUGCUGUUCAAUCAACAUUCUGUAUAGUUCUUUUUUUGUUUAUAUAUGUUUAUACCAGCUGGAAAACUUUUCCUCUUUGUAUAUUAUCUUAUAUUUUUUUUAGUUCAUCUCUUUUUAUUCUGUGGAUACUGUAUAUAACCCAGGUAGCUGUCAGAAACUGUUUGCUGGUUUAAAAACUGAAAUUUCUGCCAAAUUUACUGAAGAUUUAAUCCUUGCUGCAGCUCAGCUCAGUGCGAUUGUUGUGUAGGAUUAUUUUCUGUUCAUAAGCUGUUUGCUGAAUGACAAAUUUCUUCUUUUCUUUCUGGAAAUGAUUCUUUUUUUCACUUUCAGUUUGGUUUCUCUUCCUGAAAACGCCUCCUUCGCCCAGCUUUUUUAAACUGGGGAGGCUGGAAAAUACUUGUCAUGCAUUUUCACACACCUGUACUCUUAAAUGUAGCUCCCCCACUACAGUAGGUGUAGGCAUCACUACCAGUGACAUUAACGUUAGCAUAAAUAGCCAUGUUGCCUGAUUCACAUCUCAUGUGCCUGAAGGGACUCAGAGACCUUAAGCAAAACCUUUGAAGAGGGUUCAAGUUUCCAAACCAGAUGGUUUCAGUUGCCAAAACUGUUCAAAAUUUAGAAAAGUUUCUAGUAUUGGCUCUGGGGUGUUGGCUCCAGAUCACUUCAUUAAAACUGUGAAAAUUAGUUCUUAUUAAAGAGUCACAAAAUUAUCUCACCGUCAUUUGAGAUCCUGAAACAUGUCCAUCAUAGGUUUUUGUCAGUCCUUGGUAGGACUGAACAAUAUUUACUAUUUCUACUCUGAUGGCGAUGUCACAAUGCAAGGAUGUGCGAUAGUCAGGUGACCUGGUGCAUGUCAUGCAACCCCAUCUGAGCUUUUGGAUUUGAGCCAAAAUCGCACACUUUCAGGGCACAGAUGGCCUAGAGUAGUGACCAUCAACUGGUGGCCCGGGGGCCACAUCGGGCCCCCCACAACUUCCCAUCCAGCCCCCAGAAGAUUAUUAAAUUCAGAAAAUGUAAUAUUUAAGAUUCUGAGAAUCUACACUAAAGAUGUUUCUUCUAUGUGUUUUUGGCCAAUCAUGACACCAUAUUAGUAUCAAACUCAGUAAUGGACAUCAUGAGGAGUCCAAAAAUAUGUAGUUAAAAAUUUCAGUCGCCCCCUUGUGUUUGGCUGCAGUAUAGGUGACAAGGGUGGAUCUCAAAAGGCUAAAAGUUCAGUUAGAGAGCAUAAUAUUUUUUACGAGAACAUGUUAAUCAGACCAAAAUAUUUAUUUAACUGUAGUUGAUUUAAAUGUCUGGCCCCCACGGCAUCUGUUAAGAAAAAUCUGGCCCUUGUGCAAAUGGAGUUGAUGACCCCUGGCCUAGAGGUUGGGUCACAGCGCGGGUUCAAGUCCGGCCUUUGGCUCUUUCACUGCAUGUCAUUGCCCACUCUCUCCUCCCUGGUUCCAGCUCUAUCCACUGUCCUGUCUCUCAAAGAAAAGAAAGACCAAAAAUAAAUCUAGAAAAAAGGAUAAUAAUCGCUAACUUUCUGUGACAAACAGAGAAGAGAGCUCUGAGCAGUGGAGUCUCUCUCUCCUGACGUCAGGCAGCAGGCGACCCGCGUCCUCAUCCUGACUCUUCAGGCACACCCUGAGUUACACGAGAUGAGUGGAUUCCUGCUAUGAAUGGCACCUUGUCUUGGCGAUCGCUAACCACUGUCGGGACGCGCAGAUUGUUAUUUUAGCAUUCAUUUAACUGUCAGGUACUCUCAUGGGCCUGGUCAUGUUGGCUAAAGUAACUUUGAAUAUCAUUAGACAUGGCUGAUGACAUUCAAGAAACACAAUGGUGAGUUUAUUUGUAGGGUUGAUGAAAAAACAAGUCGAUUUGUCCACAUGCUCUGUCUCUUCUUAUCCUCAUCCUUCGUCUGUGGCAGAGCCGCCGUUAGACUUCUGCACAGAAAUGGCAGAAAGACUCAAUAAGAGAAAAAUGUGGAGCUUUAGAUGUAGUACUUCAUUUAUCCUGUUCUAUUUUAGUUAUUCAGUCAAAAAGCAUCAAUCUACUGUACAUCAUAGAGAGAAAAAUGAUUGCAGUGUCUGAUUUUUCCAAUAUGGUUCAGACCUACUCCUACAUUUUUAUCCUAGAACAUUUAGAGUCCAGAAUAUGAAGGUUAAGUGAAGAAUACAUGAAAUGUCUGCAUGGACCUCUUAGAUUUUGACCCCAAGCAGAUCUCAGUGGGAUUUUAACAUUUUGUGCCAUACUUGGAAGACUUCCGUGGGAUUCUAGCAAAGGUUCUAGAGACUCUUAUUUGAUUCUCAACACACCAUAAGAACCCAAAAAACAUAAUUAUACAGGAUGCACAUGUAUGACUUUUUUAUGAAAGACAGGUUGGGGUUGGUAUUUCUAAUAACACCAAGAGAUUUGUAAAGAGCUCUGUAAUCCCAUCUUGGAAUCUCGAGUCUUAUUCUAAGUGAGAGAAAUAGAUGAGUGAUCAGCUUUUAGUCAGACUAAUUAUUGCUAUACAAUCAUUUUCAUAAAUACCCUUCUUCAGGUGUGGUUCUGAGGCGCAUAAUAUCUUGUUUGGACUUUGGUUGUCUUUCUAGAGCUUUGGAUUUCUUUUACCUGUUUUUUUUAAAGUCCUUGAUACAAGCAAAGAAGAUUCAAGCCCCCCAGGAUGGAAAAAGUAACACAAGUUUUAUCAUUUUAAAAUAGUUUAAAUCCAAAAUGUAGCCCUAAUUACAGAAACCUUUGUAUGAAGUGUUUGAUGAAGAUUUUGUUGUUUUCUACUUACUGCUGUGGCGCUCUUAGAUACUCUCUGACUAAUCAGCCGUGUCUUGAAGUCGUAUUUUAGUAUCCAAGCCUUGAACCUUGCCAGAGAGGAUACCAAAAAAAGGACCAAGUCCCUUUUGGAAAAUAAAAAAAUACAGGUCAAGCUGAGCCAUUACCACAGAGUGGAAAAGCACCAUAAGAAAUCUCUGGACCUGAAACUGACUCCAUGAUCUUAAAAUUACAUGCUUUUUGUAGAUAUCACAGAAUUAAUAUUUAUUGGCGAGUCUCAUCGCUUCUGCACCUCUGUAGUCUUAGUUUAAACACUCAGAGCCAAACUGGAGAGCUGCUUUUCUUUCAGUAUCUUAAAUCUUAGUGAGCCCUCUUCCUCUGAGCCUGUUUUUGUUUUAUUUCCAUCUGAUGUAAAGCUCGUCACCGUAAAACUCAGCUGGUGGUGAUUGGUUAAUCUCACAUUUCUAAUAUACCUGGAUGUUUCAGGAGCAUUACCCAUGAUGCACCGGGCUCCAGGCUGAUUCCAUUUAGACUCCAGGGUGGUUGUUGUUUGGGGGGGGGCCAAAACUUCAGUCUGGGUGGAUCCUCAGCCUCCCUGUUCAGGAGCCGACAUGCUGUUGGUACUUAACAGAGAAACAUUGAUCUGUGAGAGAGAGAGAGUGAGUGUUGUCGAUCAGCCUACGUUCAGAACAGUGUUGUUUUUGCAUGCCUAUAUUCUAGCUCAGUGUAAAUCGAUGUGAGUUGCAUGUCUGUGUAGUUUUCAGUUGUUCGGCUGACUUCUGUCUGUUGUGGCUUUGGGUGCCUUUUGUUUCAUUUCUGUUUUAUUUAGACGUUUAUUUUCCUGUUAUUUUGUACCGUGUGUCCCAGAGGCUGAUGUGUGUUUUUGGGGUUCUUGAGGAAAAUAAAAAAAAAAAAAAAAAGAAAAUGAAGACAAAGAAUAUCCUCCUGUAAACAGAUCUGACAGCAGUUAUUAUGAUGACGGGUGUGACGUCUGUUUUUGGGUGGAUUGUCCCUUUAAAGAGUGCCAACUACAGAUGCCAUUGUUGUACAGCAGUGAAAAUCUCACACUAUUUACUAAAAUAAACCAUUUCUCUGUUUUUUCA